GCAGUGAUAAGAAUACAAUAUCCACAGACAUACACUAAAAGUGACUCAAUUAGUUUUGCUUACUUGUAUAUAUACAGUUUUCUGAUGCAAAGUAUUGCUGGAUAUUUUAUUGCUGGACAUUUUGCAAAAAGUUUCUUGCAGCCUUUUCUGUUCUUGAGGUAACCUGCUGCCUUUAAUAUGCAGGUGUAACAAUUUGUUUUGAAAGUUCCAUGGGACAGAAAUCAUUCCUCUGGUGUGAAUCCCAACCCAUCUCAGCUUUAUGAAAACACUUUCUUCAUCCAAUAGAAAUCUGCAUGCUUCAGAACGGUUUGAAUCAAAAAAUAGAUGCCCCAGAUGAGGAAGUUUUCCACAGAUGCAUGAAUGCUGAUACUACUGUUUGGAACUGCAAGUCGAUGAGAUUUCACCUUUUGGAGCAUGGAUUCAAAUUCCAACAUUGUGGUUGUGACUGGUUUUGGUCCCUUUAGACAAUACCUGGUUAAUUCUAGCUGGGAAGCCGUGAAGGAGCUGUCCAAGAGAGGCCUUGGAAAAAACAUUGAUCUUCGUAUCAUGCAGCUACCAGUGGUUUACCAAAAAGCAAAGGAACAAAUCUUCAGGAUAUGGACAACUCUUCAUCCAAUACUUGCUGUUCACGUUGGGCUGGCUUCAUCCAGCAAAGCAAUCAUCAUCCUUGAGCAGUGUGGGAAGAACAAAGGCUAUGAAGAGAUGGAUGCUUGUGGUUUUCACCCAGAAGGUGGCUGCUGCAUGCUAGAUGGUCCGGAAAAGAUUGAAUCUACAAUUAACCUGAAGACUAUCUGGAAAAAUAUUUCAGUGGAAGGAAUUGAUAUCAUCUUUUCCAGAGAUGCGGGAAGGUACAUCUGUGAUUACACCUAUUACACUUCCCUGUAUUACGGCGCUGGAAGAGCAGCUUUCAUCCAUGUGCCUCCAUUAUCAAAGUCGGUAACAGCAGACUCCCUAGGAAAAGCAUUACAGACAAUUAUCUUAGAAAUGUUAAAACAGUGUGGGGAACAGAGAGAGUAAGAUGGAACAGAAGGAAAAAGGAGGUUUCUUAAAAUGGAAUUUCUUAUCUCUUAGAAGUAGCAAAUCUAAUGAUUAUUUAAAGCCCUUAAAGAUUUUAUUCCAAGUUAUUUUCAGGGAAAUCUCCUUACAAAAACCAAACAACUGUUUCCAUCUCUGCUAUAAAAAUCUUGAGGGGAAGAAAAAAAAAAAAACCCACAAAAAGUGACAGUUUGUAACACUAAGAUUGCUUCAGAUUUACGAAAGUGCAAAAAACAGGACUUAAAAAUGGUUGUGUAUUUCCUAAAAUCUUUUAAAAGCAUGUUUUUAAAAAAUCUAAUUAAAACAAAGCAAAGCAGAGCGAAUGUCAAAAGAUGUUA